CUCCUCCUCCUCUUCAUCAGGAGUGUGCCGGGGAGCCUCUCUUCAUGCUGUACUGUGCCAUGAAGCAGCAGAUGGAGAAGGGCCCCAUCGACUCCAUCACGGGAGAGGCUCGCUACUCGCUGAGCGAGGACAAGCUCAUCCGGCAGCAGAUCGACUACAAGACGCUGACGCUGCACUGCGUGAACCCGGAGAACGAGAGCGCCCCGGAGGUGACUGUGAAGAGCCUGAACUGCGACACGGUGACGCAGGUGAAGGAGAAGCUGCUGGACGCCGUUUACAAAGGAACGCCGUAUUCCCAGAGGCCCCGGGCCUCAGACAUGGACCUGGAAUGGCGUCAGGGCAGGAUGGCCCGCAUCAUCCUCCAGGACGAAGACGUCACGACGAAGAUCGACAACGACUGGAAGAGGCUGAACACCUUGGCUCACUACCAGGUGACGGACGGCUCGGUCAUCGCUCUGGUGCCCAAACAGAACUCGGCCUACAACAUCUCCAACUCCUCCACCUUCACCAAGUCGCUGAGCAGAUACGAGAGCAUGCUGCGGACGGCCAGCAGCCCCGACAGCCUGCGCUCGCGCACGCCGAUGAUCACGCCGGACCUGGAGAGCGGCACCAAGCUGUGGCACCUGGUGAAGAACCACGACCACGCGGACCAGCGGGAGGGCGACCGCGGCAGCAAGAUGGUGUCAGAGAUCUACCUGACCCGGCUGCUGGCCACCAAAGGAACGCUCCAGAAGUUCGUGGACGACCUGUUCGAGACGAUCUUCAGCACGGCGCACCGCGGCAGCGCCCUGCCGCUCGCCAUCAAGUACAUGUUCGACUUCCUGGACGAGCAGGCGGACAAACACGCCAUCUCAGACGCCGACGUGCGGCACACCUGGAAGAGCAACUGGUACUACUCUGACAUCUCCCGCAUGCCGGCCAUCAGCGACCAGGAGCAGUCCGUCCAUGCCGACCAGUCCCGUCAACAUGCCGACCAGUUCAGCAUCUACCGGAUCUCACCAUACGCCGUGAAGUACAAGGGCGAGGUGGCGGAAAUCUUGUCGGCGUUGGAGCGUGACGAGCAGGCGAGGAGGCAGCGGCUGCGGAGCAAGCUGGAGCAGGUGAUCGACACGAUGGCGCUGAGCAGCUGA